GCAAUGACUGCAUUGGAAACUAAAUGCCUUUAACACGGUGUUUGGCAUAUGUGACCUGUAUUGUAAAUGUCCUUGCAUCCAAAUUCGACAGUUAAAUAAAAUCGUAAUACUCAUUUUUAUCAUUCGUACUUGCUUCUCACGACAUUUUACUUGUGAUUAAAACGUUUGUGUUGUUAAUCCAUAUCGCACAAUAGAAAGCUUGAAACGUUAGAACUUUCAGGCUAUUAUAAUGUUUGCAUACAACGUUUCUGUUAUUCAAGUCAGUUGAAAAAAGAGUUGGUUCAAUUUCGUCCCUUAACACAUUGUAAGCUUUUCCAUUAGUUCGUGACCAUUUGAUUCAAUCAAUCAAAGUUACGACAAUGGGUCAUACAAACUCUUUCCUUAAAUCGAUUGGCAUUAUAUUUGUAGUUAUUCAGGAUGACUCGGCAUUAAUGUUUACACUCAAUCAUUCAACGGUCUAUUAUUCAAUUUUUUGUCUCUCCGUUGAUUGUUAAGUGACCCAUAAACGUCAAAGCAACGAUUUUAUUAUUUUUGUAUGCCAUUCAACAAUGGCCUAGUCAGAUGCAAGAUCCCAGAGUAAAGGAGAAGUGAGACACUGACAGUAAAGAAGAAUAUUAAAGAUGCUACUCAUUUUGAUGUUGCUUCAACUUCUGUCUGUCUCAUAUUCGGAAAUAUUUACGCCAAUUUUCGGAGCGAGUUGUGAUACGCUCGGACACGUUUCAAUGGUUGGAGAGGACAUCCGAAGAUGCGUCAAGGAGUGUGCUCGAAAACCCUGGUGUCAGUAUCUUGGAUACAGGCGUCACUUCCCGCUAUGUAACUUGUACAUAGAACCGUAUGAUGAAGCUUUGAAGUUUUCACGGACAGAUUGUGUUAUAGUCUUGAAAAGCGCCAUGCAAUCGGAGAUGAUAACGGAGUGUAACAAUGUAUGUCCGGUUAGUGUGACGUCAUUGCUGACAUGCAACGUCACCAGCCUUGGAAUUUCGUGCAUAAAAGAAGAAUGUCCACCACCUGAACAUGUUCCUUAUGCGAAGGAAGUCCUUGGGAAUAUGAACACAAACGGAAGCAAAAAACUGGUUUCAUGUCUGCCCGGAUAUAAAAUAGAGGGAGAGAAAAUCAUCAUAUGCAACGAUGGACAUUGGACACCCUUGCCUGCAUGCAUCAUCGAAGAACAAUGGGUAAGCAAUGUCCGAAAUUUCUCAUCCCAAGCUGUAUCCGCAAAAGAUCCGGAGUCUAUUGCGUGGAACGCAGUCCAGGUGAUGGGUCCGCCUGACGUUUAUCCAAAACACGAACAAAAUCCUCUGGCAUGGAGCGUUUCGCCGGCCAACGUGAAAUCUACAGAGGAAUUUCUUGAGCUUGAAUUCGCCAUCCCUGUCAAGGUAGGUCAUGUGGACAUUUACGAGACCUACAAAGCUGGAUCGGUGACGUCUAUCCAAGGUCUGCGUCUUUCAGAUGACGUCUGGGUAACUUUGUGGUCAACUGAUACACCCGAGGAAAUAAAUACAUCCAGGAUAUUUAGCCCGCCGCUGAAAGUGACUUCCUUCUUCACCAACAUCAUUCGCAUUAACAUGGAUGCUACUCUCUCGAGCGAUUAUAUAGAGGUGGAUGCUGUCAAACUUAUCACGGCCUAGAGAAAAAAAAACACAAAAAUGUAAAAAUUGGAAAAUUAUAUUUAGAUUGACGUAGGACAAAGUUUACUAAUAUAUUAUAGUAUUCCUGUUUUCUUUGAAAAAUAAUAGUGUAUUGUUGUGUUUUAUUGUUCUAUUACUUUUCUUUGAUUGCAGACUAAUUCCUUGUAUUACAGUUAACCCUUUCAAUCAUAUGCCUUUUUCCCUGAAACAGUUCAAUAAAUUUUAUUCAAAAGUUGAAUUAACCAUGAACUAUGAACGUCAUUCAACAUUAAUUGUCAGAAGCCCGGACCGUCGUUUGCACGGACAAUCGUCCUACACUUAUUUAGACAAAGCGUUUCUAUGUCGGUUUUUCAACCCGAAAAUUCGUUUUUACUAUUUUUUUUAAUCCGGGAUAUCUUUCCUUCAUUAUUUCUAAAGUUCAGACAUUCGAUCCUAUGUUAUUUUGACAGACAUGACAUGUGUUCCUACAUAAUUGAUAUCCCUUAGUAUUGGACAACUUGUCGAUUUGUUUAAUGCAAUAAAAAAUG